AUGGUGAGUUUCAUAACCUCUAGGAAACUCAAAGGCCUAAUUGAAAAUCAGAGGAAGAAUUUCCAAGUUGUUGAUCUUCGGAGAGAAGAUUUUGCACGUGAUCAUAUUAUAAACGCUUGGCAUGUUCCAGUAACAACACAGAUUACAGAGAAGCAACUGAGACAUUUAAUUGAAGGCCUAUUGGAUAGUUUCUCGGAUUCUGAAUUCGUUAAAGUGAUAUUUCAUUGUACUGGGUCCAAGAAUAGGGGACCAAAAGUAGCUGUUAAGUUCGAAACCUACUUACAAGAACAAGGCAUUACAACUAAGUUUGAGAGUUGUAUCCUCAUUGGAGGUUUCUACGCUUGGGAGACUUUCUCUAGAGAUAUUAAUCUUGAAUUGAUUGCUAGUGGUUGA